CAGUCCCGUGUGUCAAUCAUUCUGUUGACUUUCACUGACUCCAGUGCACAUGCAGUUGUGCGCGCGCACGGACAGAAGCCUGAGAGUUUAAAGUGAAGAUGGCAAGUAAAAUCCUUCUGAGAGCCUGUCGGCUGACUCUGAUGGGAAGACAAAACAUUUUAAUGAAAACACCUGCGCGUGCGAUGGCCGGUAAAGGUAUCCCAACAGAUGAAGAGCAGGCAGCGGGGCUGGAGAGACGCAUCCUGCAGGCCAUGAAGAAAGGCCAGGAUCCUUACAGCAUACUCAAGCCAAAGGAAUACACCGGAAGCAAAGACGACCCUCAUAUUGUUCCCAGCAUCAACAACAAACGACUGGUCGGCUGUAUCUGUGAGGAGGACAACACUGCGAUCGUUUGGUUCUGGCUUCACGAGGGAACCCCUCAGCGCUGUCCGUCCUGCGGCUCGCACUACAAACUGGUCCAUCACGAGCUGCCACACUGAGCCGGACCCCACGAGCACCUAAACCUCUGGAGAAACCGCUGCGUGCCUACGCCAAACAUGUACAGGAGCCAAUAAUAAAACUAUUUAAUA